GCAGGGGGCCAGGAGACAACUUGGGGGCAGUGUCUCAGUGAAUUGGGCAGGAUGGAGAGCAGCACACAAAGCUACACGACCAGUACCCAAAACAAGAACACAAUCCCUAUCAAUAACCCUGCGGAUAUCUCUGUGAUCGUAGUGUAUUUCGUGGUGGUAUUGGCUGUGGGAUUAUGGGCUAUGGUGAGGACGAGCCGUGGCACGGUGGGGGGCUUCUUCUUGGCCGGGCGAAGCAUGGUGUGGUGGCCGAUCGGAGCAUCUCUUUUUGCCAGUAACAUCGGUAGUGGACACUUUGUUGGUCUAGCGGGGACAGCAGCUGCUGGAGGCAUUGUGAUUGGAGGCUUUGAAUGGAAUGCACUGGUUAUCGUGGUGAUUCUUGGCUGGAUUUUUGUUCCAAUCUAUGUGAAGGCUGGGGUGGUGACAAUGCCAGAAUAUUUAAGGAAGCGGUUUGGAGGUGACCGGAUACGGGUUUAUUUAUCUGUCCUGUCUCUGCUUCUCUAUGUCUUCACCAAGAUAUCUGCUGACAUGUUCUCAGGAGGCAUCUUUAUCCAGCAGGCCAUGGGGAUCAAUAUCUACAUUGCCAUCGUUAUGCUGCUCCUUAUCACAGCUUUAUACACUGUUACAGGGGGGUUGGCAGCAGUGAUUUAUACAGAUACCCUGCAAACAAUCAUCAUGCUUGUUGGAUCAUUUAUACUAAUGGGAUUUGCAUUCAACAAGGUUGGAGGAUAUGAGUCCUUUGUGGAGAAAUAUAUGAACGCAAUUCCUUCUAAUGUCUCCUAUGGUGAUGUUGUGAUUCCCAAGGAAUGCUACACUCCCAGAUCUGACUCAUUUCACCUCUUUAGGGAUCCGAUAACUGGGGAUGUACCAUGGCCUGGGUUUAUUUUUGGCAUGACUAUCCUGGCUUUGUGGUAUUGGUGCACAGAUCAGGUGAUUGUUCAACGGUGUCUCUCUGCCAAAAAUAUGUCCCAUGUUAAGGCUGGAUGUAUCCUAUGUGGAUAUCUUAAACUUCUGCCUAUGUUUCUGAUGGUGUUCCCAGGAAUGAUUAGCCGUAUCUUGUACACAGAUGAGGUACUUUGUGUCGUGCCAGCUGAAUGUAAAAGAAUAUGUGACGCAGAAGUUGGAUGUACUAACAUUGCAUAUCCCAAAAUUGUGAUAGACCUGAUGCCAGAUGGUCUACGAGGUCUGAUGCUCUCUGUGAUGUUGGCUUCUCUCAUGAGUUCCUUGACUUCCAUAUUUAAUAGUGCUAGCACCUUGUUUACCAUGGACAUUUACACCAAGAUCAGGAAGAAGGCAACUGAAAAAGAGUUGAUGAUAGCGGGCAGAAUUUUUAUCCUUUUCUUGAUUGGUGUGAGUAUUGCAUGGAUCCCCAUUCUGCAGUCUUCAGAGAGUGGACAGUUAUUUGAUUAUAUACAAUCUGUUACCAGCUACUUGGGGCCACCCAUUGCCUCAGUCUUCUUCCUUGCAGUAUUUAUUAAGAGAGUGAACGAGCAGGGAGCUUUCUGGGGAUUAAUCAUUGGACUACUUAUUGGACUAGCAAGAAUGAUUGCAAUAUUUUCCUAUGGAUCUGGAAGCUGUGCCCAACCUAGCAACUGCCCAAAAAUCAUCUGUGGAGUGCACUAUCUCUAUUUUGCUAUCAUACUGUUUGGUUGCACCAGUAUCGUCGUCGUGGGCGUAUCAUUAAUUACCAAACCCAUCCCAGAUAAAAAUCUUUACCGACUGUGCUGGUCCCUGAGAAACAGCAAGGAGGAAAGAGAAGAUCUUGAUGCCAAUGACUGGGUUGAGGAAAUAGAAGAGGAGAUUGAAAAAGGAGAGACGAAGAAGCUCAGUUGCUGGAAGAAAUCCUACAACUGGUUCUGUGGUUUUGAAGAUAAAAAGCCUCAAAAAUUAACUGAGGAGGAGAAGGCAGCCUUGGAGAAGAAGCUGACAGACACCAGUGAGAAACCAUUGUGGAAGAACAUAGUCAAUGUCAACGCUAUAAUUUUGCUGGCUGUGGCUGUAUUCUGUCAUGGUUACUUUGCUUAACUGUGACGUAAGCCCCAUUGAAAAUUCAAGUACACAUUGCUAUGGUUCCAACAUUCAUAUCAGAUCAGGGAUUAAUUCGAGAUUGGCAGAUAUACAACAUGUCUCUCAUGUGCCAUUUGGGAGCAACUAGGUUAUUAGGCAAAACACACAUUUGCUGAUUUCAGACUUGAAAGUGAUUUAUCAAAAAAAAUCAUUGUUUUGCAAAUGCUAUAAAUCAGUUCUGUGGGAAAUAUUAUUUGCCUUUCCUGUCCUUUUGGCAAUUAAUUUCCCUCUUGACUGCACUGUGUCAUCAAUAGACUGAUGAGGCCACUAGUGCACACAGACACAAAUCCACGUGUACUAUGGACUGAGGAGUGAUUCAUUGCAUGGCAACACUGCUAACGAGGACUGGGUUUCCUGGCAUUAGCUCUGUACAUUCAUCAUGUGAAUAGGAAAAAAAUACUGCAUUAGCUUUGUAUAAUGGACAGGUUUUUUCUCUAGUUGUUAUGGUGGAUAAUAAAAUACUGCUAUUUUAAAAUAUAUAUAUAUUUUCUUACUGUG